CUGUCCCGCGUUCUCGUUUUCCCCAUCUCAGUCGUGAGUCCCCUCUCUCUGCUUUACUGGUGCAAACAGCAAUGGCUGGUGAGGCAGGGGCCGCAGCCGUGGAGCUAAAGGAGCGGUUCCGAGGCUGUCUGCUGGGCUUAGCGGUCGGAGACGCCGUUGGCACGACGGUAGACGGCAAAAAACGCGGCUCGUUCACUCCCCUCACCGACAUGGUGGGUGGGGGGAGGUACCGACUGCUACCCGGACAGGUAGGGGGCUCGCCCUCCGUGUUUUCUGCAUUCCUUUUCGACUCGGGGAAAUCGACUGUAUUCCCAUAUCACCCCAAUGCAUAUUUUCUCCUCCAUUACAUACAUGUGCCUCCUGUCAGUGGACUGAUGAUACUAGCAUGGCUCUGAUACUGGCUGAAAGUCUCAUAGAGAAGGGAGCAUUUGACCCCAUGGACCAGGGUCACCGCUACUGGAGAUGGUACUCGGGUGGCCAUCUCUCUAGCACGGGGCAGAGCUUCAACGUGGGCAUGUCUGUACGUGGCGCCAUCGCAAAGUUCAACCCGGUUCCGGACGACAGGAGACGGAUGUCCGACGAGCCGAUACGUCCGUUCCCGGGUUCCGUUGCGGACUGGGCUGCGGGAAACGGCUGCGUGGUCCGCGUGUGCCCAGUCGCCAUGUUCUUCCACAAGUAUCCCGAAGUGGCGUUGGACAAAAGUGUGGACUCGGUCAAAGUCACUCACGGAUCGGAAAUAGCCAAAGAUGCCGUCAGGUAUUUCACGGGUCUCCUGUUGGGCUGUCUUCUCGGAGUGUCCAAAGACGAACUCCUCUCCCAAAGAUACUGCCCCAUACCCAACCUCUACACCGGGAAACCACUGGUUCCAGAAGUUGACAGCGUGGCCUGUGGAUCAUUCAAGACAGAGGAUGAGGCUCAGAUCAAGGCCAUAGGCUAUGCCGUCAGCUCCCUGGAGGCCGCUCUCUGGGGCUUCUACCACACUGACAACUUCAGAGACGGCUGCCUCAAAGUUGCUAAUCUUGGCAACGACUCAGACACCGCGGCAGCAAUCUACGGCCAAUUGGCCGGGGCUUACUACGGGAUAGGGGGGAUUCCGGAGCACUGGCAAAAAACCUGUUUCGUGUCCCCGCUCGUCCUGUUGUUUGCCGACGAGCUGCACAGACUGUCGUUCACAAUCGCCGAGGCUCCUCCCCUGGAGGUUACCGAGAGCGCUUACCUCAGAGGAAUUGAGAGAUAUGCCGGAGAAGUGUCAGAGGAGUACAGGAACAAGAAGAUACGAGGCUACGAUGUCCUGGAGGAGGCCAGCCGGGACAUCGUCAAGAGAACUUACCAGGGCUCCACUCAGUUUCAGAAUGUGGAGGAGUUUGUGAUGGCGGUGAAGGAGGUGAGGGCUAGCUACCUGGCCCUGCCCCCCGAGACCCAGUGUGACAUCAUCAUUGCCGACUUUGACGCCAGAUGGGAGAAGGGACAGGCCGACUAUCUCAAUAGACCUAGCAGAUAUUUCUACUAACUCUUCCUCUCCCCCUCUCUUUCUUUCUCUCUCUUUUACUCUUCCGUGCUCAUUGGUGAACAGUUUGUGAGCAAUCACGUUUUUUCCAUUUGUUACUCCACCAGAAAUGGAAAUUUUGCAGGAACAGGCACACAAACUUUUGUACCUAGUGCUUCUGUUAUGUGGUGUUGUUACAACACAGAGGGCAUCUUAUGGCAUAGAAGCAAUAGAAUGUUAAUAGUUCAUUUUCCAUGCUGAUUUAUAAUGAUUCAGUGGACCUCAACCUGUUUUUUUGUAAAACUAUGUUAUUAUACAACUUCAAUAUUAUGCUAACACUUACAAGUUGACGGCAUGAUUGUUAUUUCACAAAACCUGGCAAAAAAUGGUGAUCGCUAAAGACAUUGCUAUGCUGUAGUUUGUUUUCUAAAAUAAUGGCGGGAGUUCCCCCAUUGAUUGCAGCUGUCUCUUCCCGUCAGUCUGAUUGCUUCUUGAGUCUCCUCCGCAGCUCCACGGGAACCUUCUCAAAGCACUUCUUGCAGUACGGCCUCUCGUCCAUGUCUGCAUAGCGGGCCCCUCCACUGGGAGACGCGAGGAGGCUGUUGCAGGCAGAGCAGCGGAAGUGGUCAAUGCACCACGUCUUGUUCAGCACAGUCACCUCUGAACGACA